AUGGUGAGUAAAGAGAACUUCCGCAUUCAGAAGCAGGUCGGGAAACCUUGGCUAUCAAACAGGCCCAUCUCCUUGAGAUUCCUGCCCAGUGAACAAAUGGACAUUAAAGUGGUACUUGUGCUGAUUUCAGUGGCUGGGCUUCUUGUGGUAAUAACUCACCUCACAAAACGUGACACAACGGCACUUUCAGAGGAUGAAGGUGUAGUCCCUGGCAGCUGGCUCCUGGUUAACGAAGACCAAGAAAUUGUAAAGGAGAGAAUGACCAAGAUAGAAAGCAGCAUUAGAUGUAAUGAUUCAUGCAGUUUUCAGCUUGUGGAAAGCCUUCCUUGUGAUAUGCCCUACGAGCCAAACAGCAGCAUGGCGAAACCCUUAUACCAGGCAUGGAUGGAGCUCUUGAAUAUGACCCAGGAAAGCAUCCACGUGGCUUCUUUUUAUUGGUCUCUGACUGGGGAAGAUCUAGGUGUUCACGACUCAUCAUCUAAACAGGGUGAAGAGGUUCUUGCUAAAUUUGGAAGUUUGCUUCUGAGAAACGUCUCUCUGUUUAUCGCGACAAACGUGCCCUCUCAAGACCGUAACUCCACUGAUCUUGAGUUUCUGGAGGCAAAAGGGGCUCAGGUUAGAAGAAUUAACUUUCAACGUCUAACCAUGGGUGUCCUGCACUCCAAAUUCUGGAUUGUAGACAAGAAACAUGUCUUUCUUGGCAGCUCUAAUAUGGACUGGAGAGCUAUAACUCAGGUGAAAGAAGUUGGCGUGGUGAUCAGCAACUGCAGCUGCCUGGCGAACGAUCUCUGGAAGACCUUCAAGACAUACUGGGAUCUUGGAGGAUCCAGCGCCACCGUCCCCUCUCCCUGGCCGAGGAAUUAUUCCACCGACAUUAACAGGGAGAGCCCUUUGGAAGUGCAGUUCAAAGGAAUGACCACCAAGGCUUAUUUCUCUGCUUCUCCCUUCUCGUUUUGUCCAGAGGGUCGCACCGAUGACCUCCAAGGUAUACUUGAUGUGAUCAACAGUGCAGAAGAAUUUGUGUAUGUUUCUGUUAUGGAGUAUUUCCCUACAAGCCGGUUCAGACAUCCACCAAGGUACUGGCCAACUAUUGAUAAUGCUCUGCGAAGUGUAGCCAUCGGCCGUAAUAUAUGCAUUCGGCUUUUGAUCAGUUGUUGGAUGCAUUCUGAUCCUUCUAUGUUUCAUUAUUUGGCGUCCCUCAGUUCGCUCAGUGAUCCACAUGCCAACAUCACAAUUGAAGUGAAAAUCUUCAUUGUUCCAGUGGCAAACCACACAAACAUCCCCUUUGCAAGACUCAGUCACGGCAAAUAUAUGGUCACUGAAAAGACAGCCUAUAUUGGGACUUCUAAUUGGUCAGAAGAAUACUUCACCAGCACAGCUGGAGUGGGGCUGAUCGCUACCCAGUCCCUGACAGAUCCUCAAAGAAAGAUCCCAGUAAUCCAGGAUCAAUUGCGGUCUCUUUUUGAACGGGACUGGAACUCCCAAUAUUCAGUAAAUAUUAAGGACCUAUCUGGGCAGAAGGAUUGUGCUUGGAGAUAAUGCAUUUAAUCUU